AUGAUGCCUGUAAAGGAUAAUCAGGAUGUUGCCUGUUUCUUCUGUACCAAACACACAACUUGGAAAGGAAAAUAUAAAAGGAUCUUUUCUGUGGGUACCAUGGGUAUAACAACAUACAACCCAAACAAUCUAGAGAUAACCAACAGAUGGUCAUACUGUGAUUUCAUUUCUAUCAUUCCAUUACGGGCAUCAGGAAACCAAAAUGAAUUCCAAAUUACUAUGAAGAAAGAGAAAAAGACUGACAAAAUGACAUUUUCAACAGAGCAUAGGACACAUUUACUCACAGAAGCUUUGAAGUUCAGACAUUGUUUUUCUGAAAAGCCUAAAGAAGUUCUGAGAUAUCAAGCUUAUAAACAUCAUUGGUCUGAUAUAAGACUUCCUGUUAUUCUGGAAGUUACCUCAUAUUCCCUUGAUCAGUUGGAUCCUGCUACCAACAGUAUUCUUGCCAGUUACCAUUUUAAAGAUUUUGAGGGAAUAUGUACAAUGUCUGAUUAUCCAGGUGGAUUUGUAGUAGUAUGUGGUGGGUUUGGUAGAUUACAUUUGUUUCAAGCAGUGGAUUUUGAAGAAAUAAAAACCAAAAUUGUUGAGUCAUCCACCUCAAAUUUAGGAAUAAACAUCAAAGUACUAAGUACUGCCAUAACUUUAGAGGAUUUUCAAUGUCAGAGAUUUGGAAAAUAUAGUGAUGAUGAACACAUCACAGCAGUAUCGGAAUUUGCAGUGUACAAAGUGCAUAAAGCUAGACAUACAGACCCUGUCAGAAGGACUCUUUGUCUUUCAGAAACCUGUAUUUUAGAAAGAGACCCACAGACUUACAGUGUCUGUACCUUGCAGCCAUUGAAUAACAUUUUUGCUCUCAUUCGUGAUAAUUCCAAUCCCCAGUUAUUCACAAUUGAAUAUUUGAGCGGGCAAAGUAGGACAUAUACUACAACAGACAGAGAUUCUCUUCUUGCCUCGCUUCUCGACGGUGUCAGGGCGGCUGGCAACAAAGACGUUCACGUCAGGAUGGUGCCCACCGAGAGGGGGCUCAGGAUGGGGCCCCUCAACUUACCGGUGGACGAGGAAGCGGAAAGUCUGCACUUGAAGCUGCUCAUGAAUCCGCCCCAAUUGAAAUCCUUCUCCGACUGUUUGAGGAGAUUCAAUGCCAACAUACCCUACAGUGGACUUUUACACAGAAUUACUCAGGAAGGAAUGUUUUCUGAGAACAAGGAAAAACUUAUCACGGGGGUUUUGCAAUCUUUGGUGUCCAAAGAAGGGGAUCCAAAACUAAUUAGUUUGGUUGAAUUGGAGGCCCAAUUCCAAGCAUUGAGACGUUUGGUGGCAAGCAAAGUUGGAUAUGCCUCUUUCACCAAAUUACCUGGUUUUCGAGAAGCUGUUGGUGUAAAAGUGAUAGCGGCACUCAAAAGGAAUGAUUAUGCUGUAACUCAAGCCGCUAUCGAUGUGAUAUGUGCUCUCAUGCACCCCAUGCACGACGAUUAUGAUUUGAGACAGGAACAGCUGAACAAAUCAUCUUUACUGCAGACUAAGCCGUUUCUGGAAAGUCUCCUCAAUAUGUGGACAACACACAUAGCCCAAGGAACUGGAGCUUUAAUAGUAUCUGCUAUGUUGGAUUUUUUGACGUUUGCCCUCUGUGUCCCCUACAAUGAAACAACAGAUGGAAACCACUUUGAUACACUGCUUGAACUUGUUUCUGAAAGAGGCAGGAUGCUGUUUAGAUUAUUUCAGCAUCCUUCUAUGGCCAUUGUCAAAGGAGCCGGCCUCGUGAUGCGUUCCAUCAUAGAAGAAGGGGAAUCUGAGGUGGCGGAAAAGAUGCAAAACUUGGCCCUAUCGGAAGGGGCCUUGCCGCGCCAUCUUCUGGCUUCCUUGUACACUCUGGGAACCGACGGAAGAUUGCUGACGCACAGGCAACUGUCGAGACAUCUGAUCGGUCUCUGGGUGACGGGAAACCCUGUUGCCAUGGGACUGCUCAAGAGAAUAAUGCCCACUGGUCUGAUAGCGUUUUUGGAUUCCAAAGAAGAGAUCCCCAAGGAAGCGAUCGAGCAGGAGAUGCUGAACAACAGGGACAAUCUGAAAAUUGCCCAAGACCACGAGAAUCGAUCUCGGAGGAACGCCAACUGGAUAGCGGUGGAAAAGAAGAUGAAAAUGGUGGAAAAGAGGGUGGAGUAUUAUACCAACUUGGCGCUGCAGCACUGGGGGGCCAGAAGGGGGAUAUCGUUGAAGAGGGAGGAGAAAAUGAAGGAGAGGCCUAUCGUUUUGAGGAGGAGAAGGGAGAGAAAGAAGGUCGAGUCGAAUUGGGGACUGUUUUAUUGGAAAUUCAAUCAGGAUCUUGCCAUACCCAACCUUAUUUGGAAUCACAAGACCAGAGAAGAACUGCGAAGUGCCUUAGAAGCCGAGGUGAGGAACUUCACCUCCGACAGAGAGCUGGCCGGCCUGGCGCUGGUCGCCUGGAACCACCACGAGUUCGAGGUCAACUAUUCCUGUCUGGCCGACGAGGUCAAGAUCGGCGAUUACUAUUUGAGACUGCUCUUAGACACUAAUGAUGAUGAUUCGCCGAUUCGUAGAUCGUACGAAUUUUUCAAUGACUUAUACCAUAGAUUUUUGUUAACAAAUAAAGUAGAAAUGAAAUGCAUGUGUCUUCAAGCCAUGUCGAUAGUUUACGGAAGAUACUACGAAGACAUCGGCCCUUUCAGUGAUACUAAGUACAUCAUAGGAAUGUUGGAAAGAUGCAUAGAUAAACAGGAACGUGACAGACUGGUGAUGUUCAUAGAAAAAUUGAUUUUGCAUCCUCGAAACAUACGAGACAUUCUCGAUAUGGGAGGUGUUCAGAUUCUGGUGGAUCUGAUGACUCUGGCUCAUCUGCACACUUCCAGGGCCAGGAUUCCGACCCAAACGAACGUCAUAGAGGCCGGUCCUGGCAUGAAAAUUGCCGAAGAGAAGGAGUGGUAUUAUAAUACUGAUAAGGGACGAGUAGGUCCAAUAACGUUCAGUCAGCUGAAAGAAUUAUAUGAAAAAGGCCAAAUUACACACAAAACCAAAUGCUGGGCCAUGGCUGUGUCAGGCUGGAGGCCAUUGGCACAAUUACCUCAAUUGAAAUGGUGUCUAUUAGCUAAAGGAACCCCAUGUUUGAAUGAAAGCGACCUAGCCUCCCAUAUACUCAGCAUUCUGAUACGGAUGUGUGAAUACUACCCAAGUCGAGACACAGACGACGCCAUCAUCAGACCGCUGCCCAAAGUCAAGCGGCUGCUGUCCGAACAAGCAGUUUUGGCGAAUGUGGUGCAACUACUCCUCACCUUCGACCCCACUUUGGUGGAAAAAGUGGCGACUUUAUUGUGCGAAAUAAUGAAGGACAACCCGGAAAUGUCGAAACUCUACACCACCGGCGUGUUUUACUUCAUCAUGAUGUACACCGGAAGUAAUGUGUUGCCCGUAGUGCGCUUCUUGAAAUUGACGCACAUGAAACAAGCUUUCAAGUCUGAUGAGGAAUCUUCUCCGAUAUUGCAAAAAAGCAUUCUGGGUAGGCUGCUACCGGAAGCUAUGAUCCACUAUUUGGAAAACUAUGAAGCUCAGUGCUUUGCUCAGAUUUAUUUGGGAGAGUUCGAUUCACCCGAAGCAAUUUGGAACCUAGAAAUGAGGCGUAUGUUGAUAGAGAAAGUAGCAGCGCAUAUAGCAGAUUUUACUCCUAGACUGCACAGUCACACUAUGGUUAGGUAUCACUACAUACCUAUCCCUGCAGUCAGGUAUCCUCAAUUGGAGCAUGAACUGUUUUGUAAUAUAUUCUACUUGCGACAUCUCUGUGAUACCACCAAGUUUCCUGAUUGGCCUAUACCAGACCCAAUUCAGUUGUUGAAAGAUGUUUUGGAAGCAUGGAAAUCAGAGGUGGAAAAGAAACCCCCUCUGAUGACAGUGACCGACGCUUAUAAAAAUUUAGGUUUAGACGAUAGCAACCACGAUGAAGCUGCUGUCAGGAAAGCUUAUUACAAACUGGCACAGCAGUUUCAUCCAGAUAAGAAUCCCGAUGGAAGGGAAACGUUUGAGAAGGUAAACCAAGCUUACGAGUUUUUGUGCAGUCGAAGCAGUUGGGCUACUGAUGGUCCCGAUCCACAUAAUAUAGUAUUAGUUUUACAGACUCAAAGUAUUUUGUUCCAAAGAUAUGCAGAAAAACUGCAGCCAUACAAAUAUGCCGGAUACCCUCAACUUAUCAAAACCAUCCAAAUCGAAACUGCUGACGAGCAACUUUUCUCGAAAAAUGCCCCCUUGUUAACGGCUGCUUGUGAACUGGCCUAUCACACGGUGCAAUGUUCCGCAUUGAAUGCAGAAGAACUUAGGAGAGAAAACGGCCUCGAAGCGUUACUCGAGGCCUACACGCGAUGUGUCAACGUGCUUAACAAUUCUUCGAAGCCAGAAGACGUGCAAGUCCAAGUUUGCAUACACAUUACCAGGUGCUUCACAGUGGCUGCCCAGUUCCCUGGCUGUCGAGAAAGAAUGGUCGAUUUGGAUCAAUUGAUCAAGGAUCUUUGCAGGAUUCUAUAUUUCAAGCACCUCACCAAGCUGUGCUCGGUGGCCACCCAAUGCGCGACCGCCCUCUCUUUGCACCCCGCCCUGCAGCUCGGCCUCCUGCAGGCGGGCGCCCUCUGGCACUUGCUCCUCUUUGCCUUCUGCUACGACUUCACGCUGGACGAGGGCGGCGUCGAGCGCAGCGAAGCGGCCAACCGGCAGGAGGGCAGCAACCGGCUGGCCAAGGAGGCGGUGCGGGCGUGCGCAGCACUGGGCGGGUACGGGAAGGGGGGGAAGGAGGGGGAGGAGCGGCCGGCGCUUAACGAGUGGGCCAGGGCGGUGCUGGAGGCGCUGCUGACGCGGUACUUGAGCGAGCAGCUGGCUGACGACAGGCCCGAGGAGCUCCUCAAGGUGCUCAACAGCAACAGCGAGACCCCGUACCUGGUGUGGGACAACGGCACCAGGGCCGAACUCACCGACUUCCUCGAAACCCAAAGGAACAACCGCAGCGAGUUCGACGACAGCAUAGCGAGCGACUUCUCCUACUCGGCUCACGCCAAGGAACUCAGGAUAGGCGGCAUCUUCAUCAAGAUAUACAAUCAGCAGCCCACCUAUCCCAUCAAGGAUGCCAAGGGCUUCGUCAUCGAUUUGUUAGGCUAUGUGAAGGACCGGUCGCAGUACCUCCAGAAUCUCGUGAAUGUAGCGUACUCGGUGACGGUCGGGAAUACCAUAGAUAAUGCUGUGAUGGCUUUGGAAGCCCUAACCAAUGUGAUAAGGAACAAUACUGGAGUGGAGAUGCAGUGCAUCGGGCAUUUCAAGAUGCUGUUCGGGUUGUUGAACGUUAGUUGCGUGCCUGUGCAGAAAGGUGCUUUGGCAGUUAUCUCUGUCGUCACCAGGAAUAACGAGUGCAUCAAUGACAUAGCCUGCAGUGAAGUCUUAGGACACCUUCUUCUAGUUUUGUUCGGUCUGCAAGACUGCCAGCCCCAAAUACUGGAAACUUUGUACGCCCUGAUGGCCACCACUAAAAUAGUAAAAGAGGCUCUCAACAAGGGUGCCGUCAUCUAUCUGCUGGAUCUCUUCUGCAAUUCGACGAACCCACAGGUGCGGCAGUCUUGCGCUGAGCUGAUCGCCAGGAUGAAUCUCGAUAAGCUGGUGGGACCGAAAGUGAGGUUAGCGCUCGGCGCCUUUUUGCCGCCCAUCUUCGCCGACGCGAUGCGCGACAGUUCGGAGGCGGCGGUGACCAUGUUCGAGUCUGCGCACGAGCAUCCCGAGCUCAUCUGGGACCAGGAGUCCAAGGAUCGCGUUUGCAAAAUCGUCUCCCGCUACCGGAAAGAGCAUCAAACAGCGCAGAGUUCGAACGCUUCGGCACCGUGGAAGAUGCCCGACACCAAUGGGCUCACCAAUAUCGCCAUGCCCAACGAAAUUUGCAUAGCCGGAGUGUAUCUGAGAAUCUUCAUCUCUAAUCCGUCAUGGGCGCUCAGGAAACCCAGGGAAUUUCUCACGGAACUGCUCGAAACUUGCCUUAACCUGAUGAGCAAAGACAAACCAGAAGUGGAACUGUUGGAGCUCUGUACGACUGCCCUGUGCUCUCUAUUGCAGUCCCAACCGGCCCUUUUGGACCUCGUACCUUCGAUGGGUCACAUUCCUAGGUUAUGUAGACAACUGGGAGUGAAUCUCAAACAAGUUGUGGUACCAAAAUCAGCUAUAUGCAUCUUGAAUUCUCUGACCAUGAGUAGUAUUUGCGUGGGGGCGAUAGCGCAGACCGAUUGCAUGCACCCGCUGAAGCAAGCGAUGCUAGCGCGUAAAGACAUGGUCGCCGUGGCUUGCGAGGCCCUUGACAGGCUGUUCUCGAGCAACCAGGAGCAGCUGGUGAAGCAGGCGCUGGACGUGGAGUUCGUGCAGUUCCUGCUCGGAUUACUAGAGGCUCGCUUGGAGCUGAUCGACAAUCCUGCCAUGACCAAGGCGCAGAUCGUCAAAGCGCUGAAGUCGAUGAGCAAGAAUUUGCUGUACGGCGAUAGGGUGAACUGUAUUUUGGAGAAGAGCGCUAUUUGGGCGGAUUAUAAGGAUCAGAAACACGAUUUGUUCAUUUCCAAUACGAACGUGUCUGGCUACCUUACCGGCGGUACUCCUGUAACUGCCGGUUAUUUGACCCAAGGACCCAGUAGCAAGGUAAAUGUGGCACCGCCACCUGUCGAAAGGGAUGACCCGUUGUCAAAGAGCGAGACUUUCUGA